AGCUAAAAUUGUUCCCAAUGCUUCAGUUUUGACACUGCUUGCUCUGCACAUGUAUUUUGGCUUUUGCCUACUGCCAGUAAGGAUGUUCCCACUUGGCUAUUUUAAUCUCUUGCUCCAACCCUUGUUGAGAGUGGAAGUUGAUAAGGUUAUGUAUUAUUACUAUCAUACUCCUUACAUCAAUUAUAUAUAUGAUUAGCUUAUUACUAUGGUUUCUAAAAGAUUGUAAGGAUGGGGAGAGUUAUCAUCUCAGUUCUCACAGUUUCUCAUCUCUUCUUCUUCUUCUUCCUCUUCUCACUUCCAUUGUUCCUUGAAGCCACCAUUUCCAUAUCCUCACCUGGAGAAAAUAAGAGAGCUGCAUUAGAAAUCAUAAUAUCAUUUACUCCUCCCCCUAGCUCCGCCCCUGAACCCACAUGUCCUCCUCCUCUGCCUCCCCCUCCAGAAUGCCCUCCGCCUCCUCCGCCACAAAAACAGCCUCCAUCACCCCCUCCUCCGCCACCAAAACAGCCUCCAUCACCUAGUUUUCCAUUCCCAUUUGAAACAUCAGAACUACGCAGGAUAGAGAGAGUGAUCAAAAGAUUCAGAAGAACAAUAAUCCAUGACCCAACCGGCAUUACCAAAACCUGGACGGGCAAGGAUCAACUCUGCAAAAACUCAUCCGCAUACAUAGGAUACAUUUGUUACAACACAACAAAAGACAACAGGCUUGCUGUUGGUGGCAUAAACUUCAACGGUCGCCACCUUGGCAAUAGUACAAACCCUCUGUCGCUGGAAAAGUAUGUCGAACAGUUCAAGGACUUGGUCGUUCUCCAUGUCAACUCCAACAACUUCGUAGGCACCAUUCCUUCUGGAAUCUCAGUGUCCAAUCUCCCCACUCUCUUCGAGCUCGACGUCAGCAACAACAAGCUCUCUGGGCCGUUCCCAGAACACGUUCUUGCAGCUACAAACUUAACAUAUUUGGACCUCCGGUUCAACACCUUCCACGGCCAACUCCCCCCUCAAGUCUUCACACUAGACCUUGACGCUCUGUUCCUCAACAACAAUGGAUUCUCCGGCUCAUUACCCGACAACCUUGGCAGAACCCCUGUCUUCUUCCUAACCUUAGCAAACAACUACUUCACUGGCCAAAUCCCUAGAAGCAUUGGUGACGCUUCAAAGUACCUGCUUGAAGUUCUAUUCCUGAACAAUGAAUUAUCCGGCUGUCUUCCCUGGGAAAUCGGGAAGCUGAAAAACGCAACCGUCUUCGAUGCCAGCAAAAACCAGUUAACAGGCCCCAUUCCACACUCAUUCGGCUGCCUCAAGAAACUGCAGAUCCUCAACCUAAGCACCAACAAGAUGUACGGGGCCGUCCCGGAAUCACUGUGCGUGCUGGGAGACCUGGAGGAACUGAGCCUGGGAUCAAACUAUUUCACCCAGGUCGGAGAAGAAUGCAGGAAGCUAAUCGCCAAGAAAAUUCUGGACGUGAAGAAUAACUGCAUUCUGGGUCUGCCCAACCAGAGAAGCCCGCAAGAGUGUUCGGAUUUCUUCUCCAAACACAUGCAGCGUUGCAGUGACGAGAAAACCAUGUUGUCGCACCUACCUCCUGGUUGUCGUAUUGAUUCACUCUCUACCUCUCCGAAACACGCACGCCAUAGCUCACAAACACGCAAGAAGAAGACAGCAAAAACUACUUAUGCUGCACUCAAGAUGCAUGGACCAUGAUGAUGUUCAAUUCCUUAAUUUGUGUUUAUUAUAAUAUAUUUAAUGGACCUCGCCGGGGUUAGUUUUAACUGUGUAUUGCAUAUAGGAUUUCAAUUGAAGAAGGAAUAAAGUAAUUGUCUUUGUAUUUGUGAA